AAUACUGCAUGAAGCAUUGGAAGGAGGACUGGUUCUUUGGUUACCAGUGUCUGAACGGCUGCAAUCCCAGGAUGAUCCACAGAUGUAAAAAAAUACCAGAGAACUUCCCUGUCACAGCAGACAUGGUUCAAAGCUCCAUGGCUCCAAAAACCACACUGGACAAUGAAUUUAAGGCAGGAAACAUCUACCUGAUAGAUUACAGCAUCAUGGAUGGGAUUCCUGCCAACACAAUAAAGGGAAAACCGCAAUACAUCACAGCCCCACUCUGUCUCCUGUACCAGCAUCCUGACAGAGGACUCAUACCCAUCGCCAUACAGCUUGCGCCCACUCCUGGAAUAAGCACACCCAUAUUCCUGCCCAGUGACCCACCUCUGGCUUGGCUCUUGGCCAAGAUGUGGGUGCGUCACUCAGAGUUCCAGAUCUUCCAGCUCCUGUCCCACCUGCUCCGGACUCACCUGGUGGUGGAGGUGUACUGUGUGGCGACUCUGAGACAACUGCCUGCUGUGCACCCUGUUUAUAAGCUCCUGGCCCCUCAUUUGCGCUACACCCUGGAGAUAAACUGCAGGGGGCGCACUCAGCUGAUCUCUGCCAACGGCAUCUUUAAACGAGUUGUCUCUACCGGUGGGGACGGGCUGCUGAUCCUGGCCCAAAGAGAGUACAAGGUUCUGACAUACCGCUCCCUUCAGCCCCACUAUGACUUCAGUGACAGAGGAGUCUCUCAGCUCCCAAAAUAUUUCUACAGAGAGCACGCUCUGAUGUUGUGGGAAGCAAUUCACAGUUUUGUCUCAGGUAUGGUGAACCUGUACUACCACACAGACCAUAAUGUGCAGAAGGACCCGGAGCUCCAAGCCUGGUUCAGAGACAUUUCAGAAGAAGGUUUCACUGAGCUUCCAAACUUUGGUCUGCCGAGUAAACUAAGUGACAGAGAAGAGCUGUCCACCCUGUUAGCUGUGGCCAUCUUUACCAGCACAGCUCAGCACGCUGCAACCAACAACGGACAGUUUGACUGGUGUGCCUGGGUCCCCAACACCCCCUGUACAAUGAGACUCCCCCCGCCAUCAGAUAAAGAUGCUGUCACCAUGGAGAUGAUCAUGACCACCCUCCCGGAUGUCAGCCAGUCCUGUGUGCAGAUGGCCAUCACGUGGCAUCUGGGACGAGCUCAACCAGACGCAAUUCCUCUGGGCCAGUACACAGAGGACCACUUCACUGAGGACCAGGCCCUGGAGCUGAUUGACGAGUUCAGAAAGAAGCUGAAGGAAAUCGAGGAGGAGAUCCUGAACCAGAACGCAGGACUGGACCUGCAGUACCUGUUCCUCCUGCCCAGCCGUGUAGAAAACAGCAUCACUAUUUAGAAAAGUUGACUCUUAUCUUUUAGAACAUCAGCAACAUGCUGAGACUCUAUAAUUACAUUCUUCUGACACUUUAUUUUACUCUCUGGGGUGUACUUUUACCAUUUUUAACAGUGAAAGAGCAAAUGACAUCAAGUAGGAGAAACAGUUUGUUUUGUUAAACUUUUGUUUGAUUGUGUGUAGUCAGAAUAAUUUGCAUUUCAUGAUUUAAAAAUCUAUUACAAUAUUUGUAACUAACUUUUAUUUCUUCAUAAGUGAGAUUUUUCUGUAACUGCUGAGUCAUGGAGAAGGAAUAUAAUGCUUCUGUUAAACUGAUCCUGACUUGCCGUCCCACUGUGACUCCUCACUGUUAGCAGGUUUUACAGCAAGUUGCAAACAUUUUUACCAUCUUUGUAUUAUUUCUGCCUUGUUGCCUUACAUACUGAAAUUUAAACAGAUUUUUACUUUGAUUAAUGAGCUGGCACAAAAUCCUUUCAAUGAAAACCAGAGCAUCACCACAUUAUUAUUUCUUAAAGGAAUGUGUGUAAUCUGCCAUCUUUAAGGCAAGAUAUUCAAUCAUCUUAUAAUGAGAAGUAAUGAAGUUAUACUUAUACUGGUCAACCCUUGAAAAUAACCUUAUGAUCUCAUGUAAUGGGGUUAUGUCAUCACUCAGAUAAUGUGUUGUGUUGCCAGCUACCACCACACCAAAUAUGAUCAUAUUAAAGUGCCAGAGACAUUUUGGUGUUGGCCUAAGUUGAUCAGCUGUGGCGGUCAUUUAGAAUUCAUUUAUGCUUAUUAAUCAGCACCAUUUUAGAAGAAAUGUCUUCUCAUGGCAUGAUAGAGAAUAAAAGAACAAGUCCAUAUUUUAAAUCCAGUAGAUUUAAAUGUUUUUUUCUUGUUUUGCACACAAAAACAUCUUAAAAGUGGUAGUUAUAAUAUUUACAUUAGGUACAACAAUCUCCAAACUCCUGUUAUAGUUCAUGUUGUGAGGCAACAAGAUAAAGGGAGUGAAUACUUUUGCAAUCCAAACCCACCACUCAACCAUAGCCAUAAAACCACCACGUCAGGCCCCAGUCUGCUGUGAACUGGAACCAGAACCAGCAUCAUAGAUGGGGUUUCAGAUAAAACAGAAACUUAUUGAAAUAUAUAUUUUUUACUAUAGAUAAUGGUUCCUUCUAUUCUUUUAAGCUUAUAUUACCAAAUGUGUGUGAGACUUUAAAUAAAAACAAACAGAAAACA